GAGAGAGACUCUGACUGAGUCACGUGGUGAAGCGCAGCCAAUGAGCGCGAAGGACCAAUGCUGUACGCUAGGAGCGGCUGGGGCGGUUGCCAUGACGAUCUCCGUCACCCGGAAGUGUUUGUGUUGCAUUGCACGUUGCCUAUGGAUGCUGCCAUUUUUUUUUAUUAUUUAUCUGUUAGUGCACAGUAGGUCGUCCCAUGCUUGCUACAGAGCUGUGGGUGAGUAAGCAUGCAUGCAACCGUUAUUCCUUACUCUAAUCAUUUUAUUAAAAGAUUGAAUUUAUUAAAAUGACCUGACACUGAAUUAAUAGCAAACUGUCUGUAUGAGUGUAAUAAAGGUCAUAUAUCCGGACAUAUAUGGAGAAACACAAAACAACAAUAUUCUGUGUGUUUGUCUCAUGUGUGUUUCUUGCUGUUUAACCCAGUACUCCCCCCCACAAAACAACAAUCUUCAUCUUAAUGAGGUGGUCUGGGUGCCUGGUCCAUCUAGGGUUAACCCUUUUUUCUAUAAACAUAGCAGUUUGAGAGAAACUGCUAUGUUAUUGUUAAUCCAGCCUCUAGUGGCUGUCUCAUUGACAGCUGCUAAAGGGCUUCUGUGUUUCUCACUGUGAAAAUCACAGUGAGAAGAUGCCAGCGUCCAUAGGAAAGCAUUGUGAAUGCUUUCCUAUGGACUGGUUGAAUGCGCGUGCGGCUCCUGCUGCACAUUCAGCCGGAGAGGAGGAGCAGAGCUCCCAGCCCGGCGCUGGAGAAAGAGGUAAGUUUAACCCCUUCCUCCCCCUAGAGCCCGGCGGGAGGGGGACCCUAACGAGUAUGUCUUCCUGGCACUAUAGUGGUCCUUUAAAUACGCGUUAGGUCUCCUCCUCCUGAGCCAGCGCCGAGGAACAUCGGCACUGGAUUUAGGUACUUCACUGAAGGGGUUUUAACCCCUUCAGCAAUAUGGGAGGGAGGGAGAGGGGCACUGCAUGAACCUGCAGUAUCAGGAAAACGGAUAUGUUUUCCUGGCACUGGAGAGUCCCUUUAAUACUGGCUUCCUAUUUCGGGGAGGAGUGAAUGGGAAAGGGAAUUAUUUUUCUAUUAGAAAUUGUGCUGGUUAUUCACAAAUUCUAAUUUUAUGCCCAUUGAAAUAUGUAUCUUUUAAAACUUCAAAUAAAAAACAAACUUCAAAGUGGCUCUGUUACCUUGUGAGGUAUUUGCAUAUUUUGGCAGUGGUGGUCUGGGGGUGCAGCAGAGGUGAGUAACUAAUAAACUUGAUGAUGUUCCCUGUGGUGCCACCCUCAAUAUUUAGCUCCUACUGCGUUUUCCUCCAGGAGCCAGGGAAAUGUCCCCAAAAACAUGACUGCAUCAAUAGAUGUGCUUGCGCUAUGUUCAGGCCACUAGGAACUUGCAGAUUGCACUGAAAAGCGUGAGAUAAUGCCUUAUUCCCACAGCCAACUCUAGCGAUGUUUGGGGGAAGUAACACAACUUAGGUCUGCCUCUUUUCAUGUUAUGCUUUUACCAUAAGACAAAUUAUUUUGUCUUAAGAUAUCUUUUGUCUUACUGAGCAUUUUUGAAAAAACUUAAUGAAAUGCUCACAUUUUUUGGUGACUGCUUCUUUAAAAGUCACAAAGCACAUACGCUUAUGGUAUAUGCAUAACCUUUGUAAUGACAACAGUGGACAUUAGCAGGAGAAGAGAAUUUGCAGGUUGUUUUAUAUUUGUGAUUUACUUGUGUGUAGUGUUUGAAUGUAGGGAUGUGUCUGUAUGUAGUGUUGAUAUUUGAAUGCUGAGAUGUAUGCACAGAUAUACAAAUUGACGCACAUCCAGAUAUACACAGGUGCACCCACUGACACACAUCCAGAUACACACUGACAUAUAUAGAGAUUCACAGACGCACAGAUUUACAAAUGCAGAUACAUAGACACACACUGACGCACAUUAAGAUACAGUCAUACAGAUAAACAGAAUGACACUCAUACAGAUGCACAGAUACACUGGGGCACACACUGACACACAUGCAGAUAUUUUGACACACAGAAUGACGCACAUUCAGAUACACAGAAUGACACUCCUACAGGUACAAAGACACAUACAGUUAGACAGGGGCACACCCUGACACACAUGCAGAUACACAGUUACUCAUGCAGGCACACAUGCAUAUACACAGACACACAGAUAUACCCACAUGCAGAUAGAAAGAUAGACACUCACACAGAUACACAUGCAUAAAGGACAUGCAUCAAUCGGGUGGCCCUAACUGCUCGGGCCACCCAAUUGGCUCCCUUAGCGUGUGGGUCCCGGUGCAGCUGGUAGUUCUGCUGCUGAAUCAAAUAUAAGCACUGAUCCAUGAUAAACCUUUGAGUUAAGUCAGUUUGGUAUUUUUUUCCAUUUAGUCCAAUAACAUUCAUGUGUUUUCGCAGUGUUCAACAAAUAUAUAGCUGCUUAUAAUAUAAAUUGUGGAAGCAAAAUUUAUUUUUAUUUUUAUUCUGUUACAAUGCCACACAGGGAGAAAUAGAUGGGAAGACUACAGAAGCAAGUUUGCCAAUUAGUGCUUAAUUACUUUGAGAAAAUAUAUACAAAAGAACUGGGAAAAACUUGGACCAGUGUCAGGUACGAUUAAUGUGUAACUGUCAAUGUAGUCAUUACACAAAUACAUAUUCAAUAAGCACUGGAUAUUUGGCAGCAAGGCCACAAUCAGUUUUGGGAUCAACUUAGCGUCUUUUUUCCUACAUCUCUUCUUCUAAAGAUGUCUGUCAAAAAUACAGAUUCCCCAAAGUAGAACUUCCCUCUUCUACUUGAGGCAGGGUUGACGGCACUGGACUGAAGACUUUGUUUAACGGUUUAACCCCUGGAGAUAAAAGAGCAUGGGACUUUCUUGCACCAUAACAUGUCAUUCCGGCAAAGUUUUUACGGUGCUUGAUUGUCCCUUUAAUGCUUCCAUUGGCUUUCUGUGUCGUCCAUGACUUAAUAUAAAAUUCAGAUUAUUCCUUACAAAGGUUUUCAGAAGUGUACACAUUCCUCCAGAUCAUUUGUAAUUAGAAAGUACACUCACAUCCAUGCCCUCAUCACUGUUACCUGUUCUCUUUUUACACUCUCCAUUCUCGUGCACAAGCCUUUUUUUUUCUGGAUGAUAAAUAUGUGCCCAUGGUGUGAUAGACUGACAAGGAACAAAUGCAUUUUACCUUUACAUUGCUUUUGAAGCUGGGCAGUGCACUUCUUGGGUAGCUAUGUGCUGUAGCAGCGUCAGAAUACCCUACCCUGUACUGCAAAUGUGUCCUGCACAACUGGUGUUGGCGCAUGCGCACUACCUCAUCAGUGAAGUCAUGUGCAUAUGCCCCCAGACAGGUCCCCUCUGGUGCAUGCGCACAAUCAACAUAACAUAAUCUUAGCAUAUGCUGUAAAAACACACACACCUCCCUGUAAGGAUCCCAUACCCCACUCUUGGUGGGGUACAGGCAUCCUACAUGGGUAAGCUGACAUCCAGCUGUUUCAGCCUCACUUCCGGUGCGGCCAUGUCACCCGAUGUGACGAGGGUAGGGAAUUUGAUAGAAUAAACAAUAGCAACAACAACACUGUGACUUGAAUUCAAAAUUCCUACAAUACCAAUGGCCUUUACGUUGUUUCUUCUCAGGUUCAAGUCAGAACUACGCUGUGUGAUGCAUAUAAAAUACUUUUUAUUCUAACAAAUUAAAAUACAGACAAGAAUAAUGAUAGAAUUGUUGUACAGGCUGAGCGUGUUUCCCAAUCUAUGGACACUUUCUUAACAACAUCCUGGAUCGCCUACUCAUAACUACCAACCCCAGAGCAAAGCUUACAGACACCAGCUUGCUGCUCAAUGCACAGGUACUUCGAGGAUCAUUCUGAAAUUGUGAAAUAUUGUAAACCCUGUAAGUCUGCAAAAAAGAGCUUAAGAACAGGGGUCUGCAUAAAUCUGAAGACUAAAAACAGUAUACACCCCUUGUUCCAUUGUCAUCUUCUCAAGGAGAGAGAUGUUUAGGUCAGACUGCAACUGGUAAACUUAGGGGUCAUCUUUGCAUAGGUGCUGUUUUACUGGCUUUAAAUGGAAAACACGAUAAACCUUGGCCAACUUUUGCAGCUAGAGCAUAAAAUAAAACCUUGUGGCAUGAUUGUGCCUAGAUAGGGCACAUGAGAUAUAUAUAUAUAUAUAUAUAUAUAUAUAUAUAUAUAUAAACACUGGGGUUGUAUGGCAAAGUGGCUUCUAGCAUGAAUUUGCCAUCUGGGCAGCGUAGGAUCAGCGUACCAUAACUAAUCAACCCAUAUCUAUAGGCAUAGCAAGAAUAUGGGAAGAAAAGAAAAGGCGUGUUUACUGAUUGGCAUUUAAGGAAUAUUUAUCUUCAAAUCAGAUUAUUGUGCAAUAAACCUUUCUCACUAAACUUGUAAGUGACAAACUAUAUAAAGAAUAUAUUGUUUGUAUAUGUUUAAUGUCUACGUCUUACAAAAGUUAUUACGGUACCAAAACAGACCUAGUUCUGUCAAAUUGCUAUCUAACAGUCAUUUACCUUAGUAGCUGGAAACGGAAAAAGAUCAAAUAUUUUGUGCACUGAAAUCUUUUAUUUAUUAUCUUUAGGGAAAUUCUUACGACUCCUGAAAUCUGGCAAUAUGCUGUCAUGCUGAACAAUUUUGCAUCCCCCUGGGAACUAGAGAAACAGCUACACUUCAAGGGCUAUCGCUUACUGUUUAAAAAAGUCUUAUCACAGCGCACAGAGGCAUUAAAGUGUUACGUUAAUAAAAACCCUGGCAAAUUUCCUUCUCAGCGGCAUCAGACUGGCAAACUUAAAGAUUAUUACAUAUUAAACGCCUCUUCGCUCCUUCCUGUGUUGGCCCUAGAUGUCAAAGAUGGGGAAAGGGUGCUAGAUAUGUGUGCUGCCCCUGGAGGGAAGUCCGUAGCACUUCUGCAGUCUGCAUUACCAGGUAACAUGCUCUAACAUGUCAUUAUAUACAGUGAGGGGAAAAAGUAUUUGAUCCUCUGCUGAUUUUGAACAUUUGUCCACUGACAGAAAUGAGCAGUGUAUAAUUUAAAAAGUUAUAAAUUGUUUUGCAUGUCAAUGAGUGAAAUAAAUAUUUGAUCCCCUAUCAAUCAGCUAAUUUCUGGCUCCCAGAUGUCUCUUAUACAGGUAACGAGCUGAGAUUGGGAUCACUAUCUUAAAGGGAGUGGUCCUAAUCUCAGCUCGUUACCUGUAUAAAGAUUCCAAACUCUCCACCAUGGCCAAGACCAAAGGGAUGUCAGGGACAAGAUUUUAGACCUACACAAGGCUGGAAUGGGCUACAAGACCAUCGCCAAUCAGCUUGGUAACAAGGUGACAACAGUUGGUGCGAUUAUUCGCAAAUGGAAGAAACACAAAAUAACUGUCAGUCUCCCUCGGUCUAGCGCUCCAUGCGCCUCGUGAAGUUUCAAUGAUCAACGGUAAGAAAUCAGCCCACAACUAAACAGGAGGACAGGGUCGCCAUUAGGGGGGUGACAACCAUCACGUGGAGCGGUGAAACUGCUGCAGGUGUAUCUGCACCGGGGUCCAUCAGGUGGCCCAAGCAUUUAGGGCCACCCGAUGAGCCCUAUAUCUUCAGGGGCCCAGUCAGCGCUGCAGCCAUGUAAUAGCGAGACCGUGCCCCUUUUAAAAAAAUUGUGGUUGCACCGCAAGUGCUGCUGGGAGGAAGUGACGGCCGGCCACUUCCUCCCAACUUACUCCGUGCGGGGGGAGAGACAGCCGAGGAGAGGAGAGGCAUCCGCUCCCAUCAUUCCCAGCCACCCUCCUGCAAUGAAAAGGUAACGAAGAGGAGGAUGGCUGAAACAUGAGGUGUGUUUAUAUAUGUAUGCGUCUGCAUGUAUGUAUGUCUGUUUGUCAGUGUGUAUGUGUGUGUGUAUGUGUAUCUAUCUAUGUAUGUAUAUAUGUCAGUAUGCGUGUGUGUCAGUAUGUAUGUAUGUGUAUAUAUAAUCUAUCUGUGUGCGUGUAUGUCUGUAUGUAUAUAUAUAUCUAUCUGUGUGUGUGUAUGCAUGUAUGUCUGUAUGUUUGUGUAUGUAUGCCAUUAUGUAUGUCAGUAUGUAUGUGUCUGUAUGUCAGUUUGUAUGUAUAUCUGUCAGUAUGCAUGUCUGUAUGUGUGUGUCAGUAUGUGAGUAUGUAUGUACGUCAGUGUGUGUGUCAGUACUAAGUCAAAGGGGUCAAAUACUUAUUUCACUCAUUGACAUGCAAUCAAUUUAUAACUUUUUUGACAUGCAUUUUUCUGGAUUUUUGUUAUUCUGUCUCUCACUGUUAAAAUACACCUACCAUUAGAAUUAUAGACUGAUCAUUUCUUUGUCCGUGGGCAACCGUUCAAAAUCAGCAGGGGAUCAAAUACUUUUUUCCCUCACAGUAUGGUGAACCACAUCAGACAUAAUAUUACUCUCUAGCUCAGGGUUUUCCAAAUACUGACUCUCCAAAUGUUGCUGAACUUCAACUCCCAUGAUUCUUUGCAUGAAAUAGCCAUGGGAGUUGUAGUUCAGGAACAUCUGGAGGGCCAGAGUUUGGAGAACCCUGCUCUAGAUAAACAUGAUAAUGCAAAUUAAAAAGCGUAACUUGUAGAUAUUUUCUGUGUUUUAUUUCUUUCUUGCUCUUAUUACCGGUAUUUGUACUGUUGCAGCAAGGCUACUUAUAUUCUAAACGUACUGUUUCAGCUGCAACCAGAUCAUGCUGCCUCCAUUAUACAGGAAAGGCUAAGUCUAACAUGAAGGGAAAUGCCGAAUGCCCUCUGACAUACCAUAGAGCCACCAAAAUGCUUUAUUGGGACAGAUCCAAAAUAUAUAUACUGCAGAGAACCCUUCAGUAUUAUGUUUAAGGAAGUCUUCUCUUCUUAUCUAUGGGGAAAUGGGUUUAGGAAGAGACUACUUUUGUUUUUUAAUAUUAUUAAAUUUUUAAUGUGGGUGUACUUCCUUGGGAGAAGAUCCCUUUAUUGCUAUUAUUGCUAUUGCUUAUUGCUAUGGUUUUGAGAAAUUGUCAUGUUUGGCAUGAAAUUUGGAUUAGAUUGCUUACGGACACCCUGAUCUAUUGUAAUAAUAAAUUGCACACAUCAAAAGCACGGUGAGAUAAGGGUGAAAGUGUUAUGAGUUCCUUUGUUGAUCCAAAGAGAAAUCUUACCGUAAAAAUGGAGUAGAAGGAUUUUUUGACAAAAGUGGAAAUCUCUUCAAUGUUUUUUGCCUUCUUUUGGAUCUACAUCAAUAAUACAGGUAUUUGAAAGACUAAACUUGAUAGUUCAUCGGUUACAGUGGUUAUCAGGAUACAAGUUCAUUAUUUAUGCUGACUAAUGACUUGUAAAUCGUUCCUGGCUCACAUUUUUUGCAAUUUGUAUUUUCUAUUUAUUAUUUUUAUACAUUUUUCAUUUAUCCAUUUUUUAAUAAUAAAUAUACAAUUUGAUUCUAUUUUACAGUGGCCUUUUGGAAUUUUUAUUCAUAUUUAUCUUUUAUAAUAAGAGAUUUAGCUAAUUCUAUAUCUUUGUGGUGUAAAUUAUAUAUUGCCCAUUUGCACCAUUUAGUGUGCGACUAUAUGAUUUAAAGAUAUAUACACUACAAUAAUUUGUACAUUCUAACUCUAUACAGAUUACAUUUUUUGUUGUUGUUACUCUGUAAUUAUUUAGCUGCUUUAUAUUUAAGCAGAGUAUUUGGUGUGUAACAGAUAAAAUCUGCCUCUAGCAGAUUUAAAGGUAUACACACCAUACAUAUUUUCUCCACCACCAUUGGUUAUUUUAGAUACAGAUAUAAUUAUUAUACUACCAACUAAAGCCAUAUUACAGUGAACCAGUUCCUGAACACACUACCCUGAAGGUACUACUGUCUCUUAUCCUUUUGGACAGGUUUGGGUGUAUCCCUGUCCUGGUUCAGUAUUGAGCUAUUCACUUCGAGUCGGACUCCCUCAUCCCUGUGUAUUGCACUAGGCAGACCAGAUUUAAAUUAUAAACUUGAUAGACUUGAGUAUUGUUCCAUCUCUACGUAACCAUCUCUUUAAAGAAACACUAUAGUGUUAGGAAUACAAAACUCCCCACCCCCUGUCAAAAAAGGAUAAAAAAAAAAAUAUAUGUUUAUUUUUACUUACCUCUGUGCUGGAUCGGGUUUCUUCUCCCGCAAUAUCAUGGAGAUGGGGAAACCUAAUGGUGGCGAGUGCCUGUGCGCAUUAAGCCCUCUGCAUAAGAGAGCAUUGAAUCAGUGCAAAGCAUGAGGACGUCCAGCUUCAGUUCGCAGAGUUAAACCCUGUGAAAAUGCAGAAAGCACCUCUAGUGGCUGUCUUGAAGCAGUCUUAAACAUUGCAGUUUUUCAAAAACUACAAUGUUGUACAGUUUAGGGUUAGGGGAAAAGUUCGCUGCACCCAGACAAAGAGGAACACAUCAAUGCUUGAUUAGAUUUUAGGUGACUUACUAAUAAUGUAACUUAAAACAAUGUAUCUUAUUUACUCAGACUGAGUUCUGGGAAUGUGUAGCUUUUACAAAGACUAUAACAGUCAAGCAGAGAUAUCAUUACUCUUAAAUAUUGGAGAGCUGUUUUUGUGUAUCUUAUCCCUGAGGCUAUAAGGCUGUCUUGUCUGUGCAACUGUCGAUGGUGCAGAUCCAUUCCAGAUAUAAGCUUUAAGGCAAUCUUGUCUGUGCAACUCUCACUAAUCUAGUCCCAUCCCAGAUAAUUUUGUGUCAUAUUGCCAAGCUUGAACAUCUGCAGCACAGGAUUAAUUUAAACAAUGUGUAUGCAUUUUAACAAGCAUUUAUAUAGCCUGCAUGUGAACUACACACCCUACCUACACAUUUCCUGUAAAGAAAGACCUCAUGUUUAAACUUCCUUUAUUGCACAGUGUGUUCAAUUUAGAAUGUUGUAUCUCCUGUUAUGUUAAAAGCCUGCUAGAGUCUCCAGGAGCCUCCUGUGUGAUUAAAGUUCAGAUUAACAAAGCCAGAGUUAAGAAUGUCUAGAAUAAGCACACUGUGUUGUAAGAUCUGGUUCAUCUGAUAUUACAGAACUUCUCAUAUGUAAAACUAAUUUGAAAAUGUAUUAUUCUAAAUAGGGAAUCUUUAUCUGGUUGCAAAUAAUAAAGAUUAUAACAAUCAGCAAAAUCACGAUUUAAAUCGAGUCUUGGCUGACUAGUGAUUUAAAUCAUGAUAUCAAUUGACUUAAUUUAAAUCAAAUCUACCCUAACCACUACAGUUUAUUGUAGUGGUUCUGGGAUAUAUAGCCUGUUCGUGGAGGCUGAGCAUUGUAAACACUGCCUUUUCAUAGAAAGGUAAGUCAGUUUUGAUAAAUUUACUUACUUCAUUUAGAUGCGUGGCAAUAAUCUAACACUAUAGACUUGUUUGUGUUCCUAAUGCCAUAGUGUUCCUUUAAAGGGACACUAUAGGCACCCAGACCACUUCAACUCAUUGAAGUGGUCAGAGUGCAAUGUCCCAUGUUCCUUAACCCUACAGUCAUAAUUAACUGCAAUAAUUACCUCUCAGGGUUAACUCCAUUUCUAGAGGCUGUCUGCCAGACAGCCACUAGAGGGACUUCCGGGUGCUUAGAAGACGUUUGGUCGUCUAAACGACGCUGGACAUCCUAACGCUAUGCAUGAGGACUUCCAGCAUCACUGGAAUCCUUGGCCAUUGCAGCGCAUGUGCAUUAGGUCUUCCCUGCUGGAAGACGGCGAGCGAGGAGAGUGGUUGAAGCCUGACCCAGGGAGGAGAGAGACAUCAGCGCUGGAUUCAGGUAAGUGACUGAAGGGGUUUUGACCCCUUCAGCACUGCGGCAGGGGGAUGCGAGGAGGGGGGCACUUUAGGAACCUGUAGUGCCAGGAAAACCGCUUUGUUUCCCAGGCACUAUAGAAUCCCUUUAACUUCUAAAUGGCAGGUAAUUGAGCUGUGAAAGGGCAGGGGCAUGACUUAGACACCAAAACCACUUAAUUAAACUAAAGUUGUUUUGGUGCUUCGAUUAUCCCUCUCAUAUAUAGUAUUAUUAUUUUUUUCCUUCCUUAGUGUCACAGAGAUGGGAGAAAAAUCCAUGUUAUCUCCAGUGCUUUGUAUGAUUUUAUAAAAAAUGCUAUUUUUGUGAGUUGAUAGUGCUGUCAUUCACACACAGGAGAAACAAUAGUGCUUAUCUAGCUGCCAAGAUCAAGUCACUUGUCAGAAUCAUUGCUCUCAUAGUCUUCUGAUAACUGCUUGUGAAGAGCUCCUUUCCAGCUAUGAUUAAUGCCACAUUGUGUCAGAGCAGAACUGCUUAGUAGGAUAUUACUGUGAAAUGAGCUAGAAGAGAUAUAACCACUUCCCUGAGCAUCAGGAAUCAGCAUUUUCCUUUUCACAUCAUCUUCUGUUUUUAUAAGCAUUUUUUUUUCGUGCUGUUCGUUCACAUAUCUGCAUACUAGUUUGUUCCAGUUGUAGGAGCUUCGAGAGAGAAUAAGCAGAACUAAUAGUGUAUAGGGUGGCGUUUGGAUGUGGCGUGAGAUGAAUAAGAAGAACGAUGUGAAGUUGUAUGUGAAUUUACAUUUGAAAAUAGAACAUCGGUAGAUUAUAGAAAAUAGAACGCCAGUAGAUUAAAAGGCAGGGGUGUAAUAAUGCUGUUUUAUAAGAAUUGAUAAAUCUGAAAAGUAAAUGUUUUAUGUUGAAAAGACAAGCAUAUAAAGAGAAUGAAAAGUGAACCAUUGUGACCAGGCUGGAUGAGGAGGACAAAAGUGGACAGAGAAAUGUGAGGUAUGAUGGAGUCUGUAUUACACUUGUAGGUACCCAGACAACUUCAGCUCAGUGAAGUGGUCUGGGUGCACUGUCCCAGCACCCUUAAACCUGCAAAGCUAAUUAUUGCAGUAAUUAGCUUGCUUGGUUAACUCCACCUCUACUGGCUGUCUACCAGACAGCCACUAGAGGGACUUCCAAGCUGUUAGACGACUUUUGGUCGCCUAACUGACACUUAACGUCCUCGCGUUAUGCAUGGCGAUGUCCAGCAUCACCCGAAUCCCCAUAGGAAGCAUAGUAUAAUGCUUUCCUAUGGCAAAAUCCUAAUGCGAACGUGGCCAUUGCCACGCAUGCGCAUUAGGUCUCAUUAGGAGCAAAGGCGGACCCAAGCCAGCACUGAGGGCAAUCGGCACUGGGCUGAGGUACGUGACAGAAUGGGUUUUUAACCCUUCAACUUUGUGUUCCUGAUUUUUAAAGUAGGCUACUAAAUUUGAUGACCUAUUGUCAUGACUUUCACUGGCCAUUGAAUGGUAAAUGAUCUUUAAAACAACUCAUGCAAUAUAUUUAAAAAUGCGUCAUUGAAAUUUUUUUAUAUUUAAAUGUUUAUUUUAUUUUCCUUAGGUUGUCUUCAUUGCAAUGAACCAGAAAGUCAUAGAUCAAGAAGACUGAAACAGACAUUGGAAUCUUUCGUUCCAAAAACUCACAUGAAUAUUAUCUCUAAUUUUGGAUUGGAUGGAAGGUUAAUAGGAGAACAUUGCCCUCAGAUGUAUCAUAAGGUUUGUUUUUAUAGUUGAAUGACUGGAUAUUUUUCAAAAUGAUGGGGCUGCAAAUAUAGAUUGAUCAGAUAAUGUAAUAACAUUAGGUUUAAGCAGAAGGUCGCUUUCCAGUUGUGAUAGAACUACAAGUUCCAUAAUGCUCAACAUCUGUCAGAACUGAAAAUAGCGUGUCUGCUUAAGCGUCAUAGAAACUGAUCUUCCAAAACCAACUGAGGGCUGUGGGGGAGAUUUAUCUAAAAAGCGUUCUGUUCCAUUCUAAAUGUGAUCUAAAGUAUUAAAAAGGGGCAAUCACAAGGGAAACCAGUGGAUCCAGCUGUCAUUUUCCAUUGGUGACUGCUAAUUUUUGGAAUACUCAAAUAAUUCAAUCUUGAAGCCCUGUGUUAUUCAAUUUAAGAAUUAUUUUGGAUCAAUGCCCAAGAGAUCUUACUUCUUCCAAAUCUGGGCUCAGUCUUACAAAGGGCAGGAACACCCAUAAAGUAUGCAGUGUCAAAUACACAACAAUCAUAAGUAGCUUAAAGUUCCAGGUAUAUUUGUAGCACCUUUCUUCAAUAUCUGCUUCAUUCUAGCAGAUUUGGUUUGGUGGAAGUUAAAUAAAUUCUAAAGUCAUCAUGUAUAGGACAGUGAUGGACAUCAUCAAUACCUGGUGGGUUACCAUUUAGCUAAAUCAUAUACCUAAUCCAUAAAUAAGCAAUCCGACUGAAAGCACUGAAUAUUGGGUGGUGAACACCUAAAUGAGAAAUAAGUUGUAUUAAUUAUGUUUAAAUGAAAUAAUACAAUGUAAGGGUUAUGUUUUUGUGAACAUAUUUGUUUGAGUAACAGGGAAAUCAGCAACAAACAUGUGGGUUAAAUAUCUCAAUUAUUCUGUUUUAGGUGUUAGUAGAUGCCCCUUGUUCUAAUGAUAGAAGCUGGCUCUUUUCUUCAGACAUUGAGCAAGCCGCGACAAGGAUAUCUCAAAGAAAGAUGCUUCCCGCAAUACAGACGGAGUUACUCAGGUAUGUGCAGAAGUAAAACAAAAACUGAAAAGGAGCUUUGUCAAAAUAUUGAUUUACAUUGGUUUAUUGAUUUUUUUUUUUUUUUUUUUUUACCCCAUCAUCUAUUUAAAUAUGCGUUUAUAUAAAGGUGCAGUUGUGUCUUGUCCCCUUACAUCAAUCUUCAAGUUAUUUAUUACACAUUUAUUCUUUGCUGCUGCUGCUUUUUUAUUUCAGACAUUACCAGCCUCUUAUAUUCUUUCCUACUUUGCAUCUCAGGCUUGGUAUAUUAGUCAUCAUCAAUGUUUUCUCUCUCCUCUUUUUCCUAUUAAAUGACUUUAAUUUAUAGAAAAAACAUUAUUAUUAAUUAACAAAAAAAAAAAAAAGCUAAAACAUGAAAUAGCCAUACACAACAUUCAUACAUGAUGAUGAAACCCUCUUCUCUAGUCUCUCUGCAUUGCUAUUCAUAGUACUAAUAUAUGAGCUAGCAUUUCUCUUUUCUUUUCUCUUUUCUUUCCUUUUCUUUCCCUUUCUUUUCCCUUUUCCUUUCCUUUCCCUUUCUUUUCUCUCUUCCUUUCUUUCUUCCCUUCCUCUUCUAUGUAUAUUAGUCUACUGCCAACAGUUUUUCUAGCCACGUAUUUAUGUGAAAUAGAUUUUUUUUCUUCAAAUUUCUGUUCAGACCUCCCUCCAUCCUAAGUUGCGAAAUUAGUAGGUUUUUUACUAUAUCCCAAUUUGGUAGAGUUUUGGUCCUCCACCUUUUAGCUAUGGAGAUCUUUGCUGCUAUUAAUGCAUGAGAAAGAAAAUAUUGCAAAUCUACAUUAUACUGAUAAAUAUUUAAGUGUAAUAUCCACAUUUCCGGGGCAAGGGGAAAAUUAAAUCCGGUUACCAUUUCUAUUUUAGACAAGAACAUUUUCCAAAAUUCUUUAAGUGGGGGGGCAACUCCACCAAAUAUGUAGACAAUCUCUCACUCCCCCUUCACAUCUCCAGCAUAUAUCUGUUUUACUCUGGUCUAUUUUAUUUAGACAGCUAGGAACCAAAAAGAGUCUGUUAAUAAUCUUAAAAUGUAGUUCCACUAAAUUUAGGCAUUAAAUGCGCCUAGCAACUGUCAGCCAUGCUCUAUUCCAAUCUUGGCCAUCGAUUUUUUUUUUUUAGAUCUUUCUCCCAUUUUUUUUAUCGCUGGAAACGUCAAGUCACCCUCUAGUUGUCUCAAUACCAAAUUACACUUAUUUAAUACAUUUUUCAUGUCCUUUCCUUUCAGUAAAUUUCCUAAUUUAUUAUUAAAUUCCCAUUUCUCUUUAUUUAAAGUUUUAUUCAGAUAGCUUUUAAUCCUCAUGUAAUUAAAUUUCUCCGUUUCGGGGAGACUAAAAUUAGUACAUAUUUGUUCAAACGAAUUAACCCAGGGUCCUGUUGUUAUAUCUUCUAUAGUUUAUAUACCUGCUCUUCUCCAAUUAUUUAGUCUUAGGUCUUGCGUGUUGUUUUCUUUGCUGCUACUUCUAGAGAAUCUGGAGUUGUUGUUCCAGCUGUAACUGACAACUUGUUAUAGACCGACUGGGUUCUACUUUAGAUAUGGUCAAUGACCAUAAAGAAACCAGCUGUUGUUUCGCUGGGUAUAGAAUCUUUAAAGCCUUGUUUUUCCUCCUGCUUUUACUGCUCAUCCUGUCAUCACUGAUAUUUUGUCAGAGAUGCUGUAGUAGCCUUAUCUGGGCAGAUUGCAGCUCAGGACCAUGCACCAGCCCACUAUUGUUUUGAUUGUCUAAUAGAGAGUAAAUGGUCUAGCCUCUGUCAGCACUGAGAUCGCUUACACUGCUCUGUUUUGAUUGAACGCAACAGAGUGAAUCGGAGCAUCUUAUCCUGUGGUGAGAAUGCAAGGGUACUGCGUAUGUGUACAAAGACACAGGCUAUUUUCUUCCUUCGCAUAUUUGUACAAUGAUGAUUCCUCACAGGACCAUAUAACCAGUUAUAGAAAAUUUGUGAUGACAUCCAAAAGUACAGGGGGCCAGUCGAGGUUUUAGAUGAACGCGGCGCCUGACCGGACCCCUGUUUAGCGAUACCCAUCAGGUGACCCUAAAUGCUUGGGCCACCCGACGGGCAAAUCGCCGGGGAACCCCAAUUUUGGGUUACGCGGAACACUAAUUGGGGAAACGCUGCUUUAUAGCAUCGACUAUUGCUGUGCAAUGUAAAGGCAAGGAUGUAUCAGAGAAUAAAGCUUUUAUUGACAAAUAAGUUAUAUAAAUAAAAGUAUUCUGCUUUGAAGAAGUAAUAUUUGAGUCCCUUUUUUUUUUGAGGGAGCGUAAUUACAUAAAUUGGUAGAACCGUGUUUUUUUUGUUGGGCAAUCUCCAUAGUUCGAGUAGGGGACAGUGUUAAAGAAUGGCUAUUCUUAGGUCCAUUCAUUGUUAUCUUUAAAACAAUAAUAAAAAAAAUAAAAUAAAUUUGACCAAUAAUCAGUUCAACAUAUUUUAUUUUGGGGUUUGCAGACAAUAUGUUCCUUGCCGCCUAGUAAGUUCAAAGCGAUAAACGUGGAUUAUAAAGAAUGCUAAUAUAUUUUACUUCUUAAAAUACAAAAAUAGUUAUAGAAAUAUAGUGUUUUAUGUAUAUGUAUCAUAUACAUCCUAUAAAAUAUAGAGCUCAAUUUAAAAUUCUGGUUCUUGCUUUCAAAUCUCUACAUAAUGCUGCUCCCACCAAUCUAGCCUCCCUUAUACACAAGUAUGUCCCGUCUAGGCCCUUACGAUCCGCUGAAGACUAACGUCUAUCUUCUGUCCGUACUCCCACCUCUGAUGCUCGCCUUCAAGAUUUCUCGAGGGCUGCACCGUUCCUGUGGAACUCGCUUCCCUCCUCCGUUAGAUGCUCACCCAGUCUCCACUCCUUCAAAAAAUCGUUAAAAACCCACUUAUUCAUAAAAGCGUAUCAAUUAAACUGUUAAUAGCUCCUGAUUCCUCUUCUGCAACUGUCAUUAGUCUAAUACUAUCCUUACCUUUUUGUGUCAUUUUACCCCACUCCCUCUAGCAUGUUAGCUUAUUGAGCAGGGCCCUCAGCCCCUCUGUUCCUGUGUGUCCAACUUGUCUGGUUACAACUACAUGUCUGUCCGUCCACCCAUUGUAAAGCGCUGCGGAAUUUGACGGCACUCUAUAAAUAUCAUAAUAAUAAUAAUAUAUCAGGAAAUCUGUACAUCAUUUUCUCUAGCCUAAAGCAGAUGAGAAAUCAAUGUGGAAUGUUAGCUGCCAAUUGUUAUUCCAUCACUAUUGAGAAGAUUGGUUUUAAAAAAAAAGUUUCUCAAUUUAGACAUGUAUAAAAGUCAUUAAUGGAUGCAGUAAAAUGUCUUUUCUACUGAUUUUGCCAUUUACUGCUUAAGAAAAUCAAUUAUUGCACUUGAGUGAAUGGACUACAAAAUGUUUGCAUUCUAUUGGAUUUUAGAGAACGCAUUAACACUGUCACAUUCAGUCCUCACUCUGCAUUGUUUUAAAGAAAAUCUAGAUUAGUAUCCUGUAGACUAAAAUUAGUUAGACCCUUAAAACUGUAUCACUAAGGGGGAAAAAAGUUCCUUUGAAACACAGAACAAGCAAAAGAAGGAACCUACAGUGUCGAAGAACAUUCUGAUUUAUCACAGAAAUAUUUGAGUGUCUUAUUGAAGCAAUGCAUCAUGUCAUCCCUUUCUUAAGGAGAAAUCAAUCACAAUCCCAGCCCUCCUUUAUAAUUCUCUCGCUCUGUAUUUGACACGAAAAAUCAAAUCUUAGAAGCUGGAGGUAAACGAAAGCAUACAUCAUUGUUACCAUUCCUAACCUUAAGCUUCUGAAAACUACCAUGUGGCUAUCUGUGUAUCUUCUGUGCAUCAAUGACUGAUAAUUCAAGUUAUCUAUACUCUAAAAUAUUAAGCAGCUUUUAAAGAUAAUACAGAUGUUAUUUUUUAGUUUUUUUGUUUUUUGUUUGUCUGCUGUGCAGGUGGCAUGUUCAGUCCAUGUAUUUUUGCAUAUUAUAUUUACUGCCAACAUGUUUUCUUAGUAUUCCACAGGUAACCUUAUAAAAUACCGGGGUAUGUUUAUUAUAAUAUUGCUUUACAUACCCGAGAAAAAGAAAGAGAAGCUGUAGUUAACUACCAUUUAUUUAUUUAUAUAUAUAAAAAUAUAUAUAUAUUUAUAUAUAUAUAUAUAUAUAUAUAUAUGUAUAUAUAUAUAUAUUCUUAUAUAUCCGAGAAAAAAAUUACAGUAUUUUAUAAUUUUAAUAACUGUGCAAUGUGUUUUGGAAAACUUGUAGAUUUGGAUUUGUCUUAUUUAGAGUAUUUACGUCAUAGUUAAAUUUAACAUAAUAGCUGUGAAUUCAAUUAAUAUUUUUAGACUCAGGCCACAUCAUGCAGUAACCAUUUUUCUUUUCAUCUUUUCGACAUCUAUACUAUGUAAUGAGGUUAUCUGACCAACAAGGUCACAAGAAAUUGCCAUUUCAUAAUUUUUCUAGAAUUAAAUACCAAUAAGCUCAGCAGUGCUAAGAAGGGCAGGUGAAGGAUUUUCAUUGCUUUCAACAGUUUUUAAAUAAUGUGAUUUAGACAUUAUAGUCCGUGAAUUAUGGAACGACACAUGUUAGCUUUUUUUUCAAUAUCGGAUUUUUGAAAGUGACAUUUUAAUACACAAAGGAGAGAUACCCUAUAAUGAUAAGUUUGAUGCUGUCCUGACCAAAGGUAUGUCUAUUCACAAAAGGCAUCUUUUAGUUGGUAAAUAAUCGCCUUGUCUGCAUUUGUAUAUGAAAAACUAAGUUUGACUGAGCACUCUUUUUACAACAUCAUUCUUAUUUAAAGGGACACUGGUAAUCAUAAAUACUUUAUCUAAAUAAAGUUGUAAUGGUGCCAGGUGGCCCCAGGUGCAUUCUUACCUUAUCUGUUAAACUAUUUAAAAACGGUUUAACCACAAAUAUGGCUGAUAUCCAGGUCCCCCAAGCGUCAUGUACUCUCUGCAUCUGAGUUAUAGGAAGUGCAGAGUGCCACCAGGGAGGGGCGUUGCUGAUUGGCUAGAGCGGCUAGCUCCCCAUUUAUAACAAAGGUAGCAACAAGGUCCCCUGCAAGCACCAGAGCCAAGCUAUCAACCUUCAGUGUGUGCCUGUUGAUGACCUCUACUGGUGGAGACAGUGUAUUUAAAUGGAACCAUGAUAAGAUAUAGGCUUACGGAUCAGAGGGCAUUUAGGCUGAGAUAGACCCAGCGUUUUGUGAACAGCACAUUUUCUUGUGUGUGGUACUUGUAGAACAUUUUUUAAAGAGAUAUAUAUAUAUAUAUAUAUAUAAUAUACACAGAGAGGGGGCUGCACUCACCUGAACAUGCAUACAUUGUAUGGUGCUGCUAGGGCCAAAAUAUACAACAUACAAAAUACACAAUCCAGUGCACUCGCUUAUUCACUAAACAAUGAUUUCAAAUCUUACAGAUUGUAAUAGUUUUAUUUAAAAUCACCUCACCUAGGCAAGAAAUAAUGGGGUUUAGUUACAUUAUAUGAUCAUAGAUAGAAGUUACUUUUGGAGGCUGUAAGCAUUCCUAAAAAGAUGGGUUUUGAGAGACUUCUUAAAAGAUUGAAGACAAGGGGAGAGAAAGGAAAGGAGCCGCCUGUGAGAAGUCUCACAGGCGUGAAUUUGCAGUAAGGGUGCAAGCAGAAGACAGGAGAAAGUCACCAGUAGAGCGGAAAGACUGAGAGGGGACAUACCUAUGGAUCAAUGAAGAAAUGUAAGAGGGGCUAGAGUUGGUUAGAACUUUAUAGGUAAGGGUUAGUAUUUUAAAUUGACACCUGUAGGGUACAGGAACCCAGUGUAAGGAUUGACAGAGGGGUGAGGUGUGAGCGGCGAUACAGGUGAGAAAGAUCAGCCUUCAUCACAGAUUGUAGGGGGGCAGUAUGGCUUCUGGGGAGACCAAUUAGGAGAGAAUUACAGUAAUCCAUGCAAGAGAUUACUAAAGCAUGAACAAGCUCAUUAGCAGCAUCUUGCAUAAGAAAGGGGUGUAUGCAGGCAAUGUUUUAAAGUUUGAAUUGAAAGGUUUUAGCAACAGACUGGACAUGAGGCUCAAAGGUGAGGCCACGAUGACACCAAGACACUGAGCUUGAAAGGAUUGGGUGAGGCAGGUACCAUCAACCUACAGGGAGAGUGAAGGAGGAAGAUCAAUGUUAUGAGGAGGAAAAAUAAGAAAUUCAGUUUUAGAGAGAUUGAAUCACAAUCUGCCAUUAAUAAUUAGUUUUUUUACAUUAGUGAGAUAAAAAAAUAGAAAUUGUGUAAAACACUAAAAAUUAAUAAGCUCAACGUUUUCCAGCACGUAUUUGUAUGUUUCACAACUUUUGUACUGAGCAUUUCUCUGUAAACCAACCAAGAAACCAAGUAGACUGAGCCAAUAGGUGGCAGUGUUGCUUCAUGAAAUAAGUGGAUGUCUUUAAAGUUAGCAUUUAGAUGGAGUGACUUGCUUCAAAUUUCUUUUAACAUUGAAAACGGUUAAAUUACGGUAUCAUUAAAUCUGACCCUUUCCUUGGAAUACAAACUAUCAGUUUGUGCAUUGGAGAAUACUAUAUAUUCUUUUAAUGUAGCAAAAUGUGGAAGAAAAAAUAAGUUUCUGUUGUAAAAAAAGACUGCCUAUUUGUGUUCUUUUCAUUAACAUCACAUUUAGGAUUUAGUUAUAUUUAAUAUUCAUGUUUUGAUUUUAGGCAGACCAAGCUAAUAGAAUAAGGUUUUAAAAGUCCAACGAUUCAGCAGUUUAAUCAAGUGUUCAUUUAUGGGCUACGCACUCACUGAUCCCACUAGCUUCUGAACACUGACUGAAUAAUUUAAUAAUUUGUGGUCAUUACCUUGCAGCGGUGAAGCUAAACAGCUCUAAAAAGGAUUAUUAUUUGACCCUACUAGUAGUUAUUUUGCCGUAGGCUGUUCUGGACUCCUGUUAAAUAAUAGAUGGGCAGUAGCACUAAUGGUAGAAUUGUGUUAUUUUGUAAGGCAAACACAAGGGUGAUCAGUCAAUAAUUGCACCUGUCCUUUCUAAUGCUAUAUUGCACACAAUUAAAACUGCAACUUAUCUUGACGUCUGCUUUUCACUAUUCCUGGCCACUUGGUAUACUGAUAUUUUACCAUUGUUUCUAUUUCUGUGUAAUAUUCAGUGACCUAACACAAGUACCUCAGUUGAUAAAGAAUUUUUUGUUUGACUUUCCUUGCCAAAAAAUUCUUCAAACUGACAGGUUUGCAGUUUUCUAACUAUCUGAUUUGAUUCGUGUUAUACAAUUAAGUGCUUCUGCUCUUAAUGCUAAAAGCUCAUACCCCUUGCUGAGAGGAUCAAUCCUGUUUCAAUGGGUGUUACACUUGUUGCGAGAUACACAUCUCCUGCAUGUUUGGGAAGCACAGGUUUGCUUCCUAUAACAGGUUAAAAGUCCCCAACAGAUUAUGUUGGCUUCGUGAUAUGUAAAUAAAACUUACUUGUUUUCUCUCUCUCCAUGCUCAGAUUGUCUGUCCAAAGCUCAUUCAAUAAAUCAUUCUGGCUGUUUCUUUCUAUGUUGCUGCUCUCUCACAGUUAAAAAACAGAAAGGGUCAGCGCUAAAUAAAAAAGGUAAAAUAAGGCAGCAACCCUAAGAAGGGGAUCCCUCUGAACCCUUCAAAAUAACAGAAAAGAAAACAGAUGGGGAAGGGCUGCACCACAAAAGGAGGUACUAAAAUAUAUUAAAAUAUAUUCCCAAUGAAAUACGAUAUACAGAAUUAGAAUAGUCUCUAGGUAAAAUAAAUAAAUAGAUAAAUAGGUAAGUCCAGCUUUGGUAUCUUGGUUCUUUAUACUUGAGGGAUGUGAAGGGUCUGGGUCUUCUCAGUCUCCAUAUGUGGAAAAAGAAAAGACAGAGCGACCUGAUAGUGCAAUAUGUCUGGGCUAGACGGACAACACUUAAGAGAUAAAAAUAUUGCGCUCACAUGAACAAGAACUAUGACCAGCUCUAGUGGAUAUCGCAUACAGUGGUAUAAUCCCCACUUAUGCGAUAUGAUGGUCGUAGUCUUUCACAGUAGAUGGCAAUCUAAGUGCUCGAAGCAAAAGAGCCACAGAUAGUGCUCUCAGUAAUAUAAUACAGGUAAAUAAAAAUAAACAGCAUAUUACUUACAAGUAUGGAGCAGACUUACUGCUCAGUGAUGACAGCGUUAGUGGUAUGAUCCCCACCUAGGAUGUUCUUGAGAGUAAAGUAGAUAACCGCUCUUCGGGUUAAAAAUAAAUAAAAUAAAUAAAAAAUGCCAGGAAAAAAACUCAGAUUGAGUAAAUUAUUGAAAUAAGGAGGUAGUAGGUUGUAAUAAAACCAAAAAUCCUUAAUUCAAUAUAAAAAGUUUUUGAAAGAAAUAUCCAUAACGCUGAGAGGUUCAAUCCUGUUUCAGUGGGUGUUACACUUGUUGCAGGAUACACCUCCUGCAUGUUUGGGAAGCACAGGUUUGCUUCCUAUAACAGGUUAAAAGUCCCCAACAGAUUAUGUUGGCUUCGUGAUAUGUAAAUAAAACUUACCUGUUUUCUCUUUCUCCAUUCUCAGAUUGUCUUUCCAAAGCUCAUUCAAUAAAUCAUUCUGGCUGUUUCUUUCCAUGUUGCUGCUCUCACACAGUGCCUGUCCCUCCUCCCUACUUCCCUUUGCAGGCAUUGCUUUCCCUUAGGCUGAAGGCAAGCAGGGGAGAUGCUCAGAUGAGAAUUUCCCUGAUAACAAACAUACAAAGCACAGUCUUAUUAUCUCUGUGCCAAUUGGCAUAGAUUGUACUGAUUUUAGAGAAAUCUCAACAUUUUCUAUCAAUUCUGCUAGCACAAUGUAUAGAUGAAAUUUAAUUCUCUAUCAUUUAAGAUCAUGGUGUACUUGUCAUAACAUCUGUUACAUCUGUGAUAAGGUGUUUUAUUUUAAAUAUAGGUUUUAGUAACUAUAAUAAUGCAUCAUGUCUUAGCACUGUCUUCACUACCAGCCAUAGGACACCAAAAAUAUUUGUGUAAUUAACCAAUAGAAGACAGGAAGCCUACCUUAUGAUAUCUGUAUAAAAGGCAGCAAUAUCAUGGCAAGACCACAAAUGGUGUUUCUAGCCCCUCUUUGUAUCCAUCUCUUAAAAGGCAGGUGACGAACACAGGCAGAUUUGAGUUUGGUCUCUUGGUAUAUACGGCAGUAUUGCGGGAUAAUUGUGUUAAAUGCAACAUGAAAAAACUGGGUACUUGAUUAUGUGCACAUGAUGUCUACAUGAACCAGAGCAUAAAUUAGUUUCGUAGGAGGGUAGCUCCCCUAUAUACGAAACUGUAUAGUGUCCAUCAUUCAUUACGACAUACCACACCAUUCUGAAAUCGUUUUAUGAAAACCAGAAAGCGGAUGAAUUGACAAUUAAAAGCCAAUCUAAAACAGACCAUUUUCUAAGCCUUAAUCAAUAGCCUUAGAUACCGGGAGUGGGGUAUUUCCCCCUCAAGAUUAUAACCAAUGAACAUUGGGUAAAAUGUUGCCUUUCCUUUUAGCAUUCUCUAUUUGUGUAGAUGACUCAAUCUGCUAUUAUGUCUUGAGCUAUACAAAUUAAUCAUCUUGGAAUCUUUUACUCCAUAUUUAGCAAACAUACACAUCCAUUCUUUUUAGGUAGAUGCCAUCCGAGAUUGUACACUAAUUUGGAGGUCUGCUUAGCAGCUGUCUAUUUACAACUAUAUGGCACAAUCAUUGGCUAUUUCUAGUGUUUGUGAUAAAAUGUACUACUUCUUUUAAUUACUGUUUGUGUCGUAAGCUAACAGAGUUAGAGUAUACUUCAUUAUGCCAUUUAAGAACUAUAAAUGCCAUUUGAAAUAUUGUCUGACUAGCAAGAAGAUGAUUGAUCUAAUUUAAUUUAUUGCUGUUUAGAAUUUAGUAGGGUAUGCAGAUAAAUUUGACCUGAUUCAAUAGGAUUCCUAACAUUUUUUAUUUUGUAUAAAGUAAACAUUUUUAAAGUUGCGCAGCACUUAAAUGAAAAAGAGGGAGAAGGUAUGGUAUCUGGGAUUGGGAAACAUUAUUCCAGAGGGGAUUGAUGACAAAGCACACGGCGAUUGCACAUUGACAGCAGAUAUGAGAGUGAUGCCAGGCUGGUAUUCAGUCCAUCAAUGACCAUGCUGUUUGAUGAAAACAUUUAUCUCGACAGCGAGAGUUUGGUGAACCACUGAAAAUGAAUGACCCGUGCAGCCUGAACAUACCCCACAUGAGGAUUUUUGCAGGUGCUAAAGUUUCAUCUUCAUGACAGAUCUUUUAUAAGACUAAGCUGAUAUAACAAGGAAAAUAGAGUGGACCAUUUUUCAUUUCCCAUGUACAUGGAAUCCUGCAGUCAGUUUCAGUAUUGUUUAUUCAAGCUUGUUCUGUUCAUACUGCUUCUCGUCUUCCUGAUCUGCUAGUGCCGAGUUGCAGAAACUUUGUAGGAAUCUGACAGCUUGCAUCCGGAGUUUCUGAAUAAUAUGUUUUUCAUUUUGAAGUUUCAUUACACAAUUAAUAUCAUAUUUGCAGAUGGAUGACGUGAUAUACACCUGCUUUCCCCAGUCUCCUUCCUUCUUAACUUUCUGACAUUUUCCCCCCCUUGUUAUUAGUUAGACUGUAGGCCCAGAUUCACAAUAGUUGGGUUAUGACAAAGAAAAAAACAAAAAACUGUAUAAUGUAAUAUAUGUUAUUAUGCAAUGUUUGAGAACAAAGAUUCAAGACUGUAUUUCCCAAACAAGGAAUCUGGGGCAAUUCAUAAGAUAAUUGUACAGUACAUAUUCAACCUUAAAAAGUAAGCUGGAAAAUUAGGCGGAUUUUAGAAUUGUUCAAAUUCAUCAGUUUUUGUGUUGAUCAUAAAAUGUGUUGAUCAACAAUUAACUUUCCUGUUUGCUGUUUAACCUCUUCAAGUGGUUAAACAUUGCUUCUUUUUUUUUUAUCCUGAUGGUUCAAGCAAGCCAUAUGGCUUGAAGGUGUUAAAGUAUUCACAGCGUGUUUUGAAACAUAAUGCUCUUGACUUUUAGGCUUUGGGGUAUCUUCUUACGAUUCAUUUAUUCCUCAUCACUUUGAAUUGUUUUUCUUAUUAAAUAUAACACAUUCACAAUACUUAGUUUUUUUUUCUCAUUAUUAUAAUGUUGUAGGCUACAUUAUGUUAUUAAAAAUACAAGAUUGAUUUUUACAAUGGAAUGUCAUGUUAUCAUACCGACAACCAUUUUUAUGCUGAUCAUCAAAUGAAAAUAAAAGAGGAGAAAAUAAUGGCAUCUGGAAAUUCAUGAUUACAGUUCAACCAAAACAGGUUGAACUGUGCCUAAGUUUAGGACAUUAGUAUGUACCUAAGUUGGGGCAUGGUAACAAAUAUAACAAAUUACACAAAAUAAAGCAACACAAAAAACGAAACCCUUUUUUUCAAUUUUUUAUAUAAAAAAGAAUGGUGAUUAAGAGAACACAACCCUUGAACAUAGGUUAGUAAAUAUGCAAACUGCUAUAAUUGCUUAGAGCUAUUUAAAGGACCACUCUAGGCACCCAGACCACUUCAGCUUAAUGAAGUGGUCUGGGUGCCAGGUCCAGCUAAGGUUAACCCAUUUUUUCAUAAACAUAGCAGUUUCAGAGAAACUGCUAUGUUUAUGAAUGGGUUAAGCCUUCCCCUAUUUCCUCUAGUGGCUGUCUCAUUGAGUGGUCCUGUGAUUUUCACAGUGAGAGCAUGCCAGCGUCCAUAGGAAAGCAUUAUGAAUGCUUUCCUAUGCGACCGGCUGAAUGCGCGCGCAGCUCUUGCCGCGCGUGCGCAUUCAGCCGACGGGGAGGAGAGGAGGAGGAUCGGAGGAGGAGAGCUCUCCGUCCAGCGCUGGAAAAAGGUAAGUUUUUACCCCUUUCCCCCUUCCAGAGCCGGGCGGGAGGGGGUCCCUGAGGAUGGGGGCACCCUCAGGGCACUAUAGUGCCAGGAAAACGAGUAUGUUUUCCUGGCACUAUAGUGGUCCUUUAAGCUUAAUAGGGACUUGUCACAUUAUUCAUCUGUAUAUUAGUUUAAACAACUGUGAUGCUUUUAUUUAAUCAAUGAGUUGGUCAACAAACAAACAAACCAUAUAAAUCAUAUAGCUCACCUUUUACAGAGAUACACUCACAAUACAUUUGGAAUGGUAUAUGUUUAAGUGAUGCACUAAAAUAGGUGUUGAUCAAAUGUAUGAUUUAACUUCACUCCGUAUGAAUAGCUGAACAUUAGGGCGUCUUCUACUGCUCAAUUCUUCCACACACCACUUUUAAUAGCUUAUUUCGACACUAGCAUCCUAUCCAUCAAUCCUUUCUCCCCUUUGACAGUCUAUUAUUCCUCGUGUGUCUUUUGUUUGAUCAGUGCCUUCUCCACCUCUUGACUCUGUAAAUAUUCUGUAUGCCAAUUACUUAGUGUCAAUUAUACCCAUUCUCUAAUUGUGAAUGGCUGCGGAAUAUGUUGGUGCUAUAUAAUUAUUAUUAAUAAUAAUGUAAGAAUAAAAGGCCACAUUUUAGAGUGGCCUUUUACUGUGGCCAGCCUAAGGCGCACCUGUGCAAUAAUCAUGCUGUCUAAUCAGCAUCGUGAUAUGCCACACCUGUGAGAUGGAUGGAUUAUCUCGGCAAAGGAGAAGUGCUCACUAACACAGAUUUAGACAGAUUUGUGAACAAUAUUUGAGAGAAAUAGGCCUUUUGUGAACAGUUCAGCUCAUGAAAAAUGGGGACAAAAACAAAAGUGUUGCAUUUAUAAUUUUGUUCAGUGUACAUGCAUCUGUCUCUUUUGAGGAACAGUAGCAAUGUAUUUUUAUAUUCUGCUCCCUACUUUUUGGGGAUUAUCCCAUCUGGUUUAGUAAGGAAUUUGAAAUAUAUUUUUAUUGCAAAACACACUUUACAAAUGGGCAUAUCUGUGUGUAAAAUUCAUAUGGGCCCUUCAUAUUUUAAAAAUUCCAAUUAUGUACUCUGUAAUUUGUGGAGAUCACCAAACUAUAAUGACCUUCCUAUGUCCGUAUCUGAUUUGAGAUUUUGGGGGUACCCUUUCUAACCCACAUUUAGCAUAGUUUGCAUAGGUUGAGUACCUUUUGGUUAUAGCUCUCCCAAGAGUACAGUUCAUAUUUUUAUUUUUAUGUCAUUCUACUAAAAAAGAGAAUGCACUUUUCUUCUUUGCAAUCUAAUCUAUCAAUGCUGUCUACAUAAUAUGUUGUUUAAUUGCAUUAAAGAACGUAAUGUUUCUUUAAGAAAUGACUGCUCAGCAAAUACUCUGUUCAAAUAAAUGAAAUCUCUUCCUCCAGAAUUUUAAUUUCUUUCUCACCACGAGCAUGGUGGUUCAGCUGAAUCCCAGUCAUGUCAAGUUUCUUAUUGUUUUUAAGUCUCAAUGCAAUUACUGCAGAUCCGGCUUAAUAAUAGUACCAGAACUGCUGUAUUGUAUGGUCCUCAAGCAGAAUGUACUGGGUGGUUCAUAGAAAAUGCAGGAUAUAGGAAAACAUGUGUGAGAAGAAAUGAAAGAUGUAUGACUGGAGGGUCUCUUUCUACAGUUCUUCAUAUCCAGUGCGAGCAGUCUUCUUUAUCUUCUGUACGUGUUCUCUAGUUUUGUGGUUCCAUGGAACCUUAUGGAGCUGACAAAAUGUGUAACAAUUAUAUUAUUGAAUUAUUACUGAUUUUAGCUGAACUUGGAAUUGUGGGGAUUUGUGAUUGAAAUGGACAUUUUUUACUAAAAUAGUCAAAACAUUCUGAGAACACAUUUUAUUUUCUUCAGUUGUUUUUACCCGUAAUAUAAAUUCCCAUAUCUAUUUUAAUUAAUAAAUUAUAUUCAAAAUGCUCGAUAAGUGCCAGUAUCAGUACAACAUGAUCCUAAAUAAUGAUUUCCUCCAGUGUAGUUAAUUUCUAUUGUAAGUCUCCAUGAAUAUUGCAAUGUACAAAAUAUAAUGCAUAGCAAAUUAGAUCAAUAAACAAUAGAUCCCAAGAACAAGAAAUGGGUAGCUUCAAGUUUCCCUUUGGAAAUUAGACGAUGGACCGAAAAUUUUACAGAAAAUUCUAUUACUUUUAUGAAAAGAGUAAUAUUUAUUUUUCAAUUUUUUUGCAAUAUUUAACCCCUUGUCUGAAUUAUGAACCAAAACCAAACCUAGAAUUUUAACUGCAGACAUGGAAAAAAUAAAGUGCACCCUCUUUGAAUUCUGUGGUUUCUACAUGUCAGGCCAUAACAAUCAUCUGUUCCUUAGCAAGUUUUAAAAUUAGGUAAAUACAAUCGGAUGAAAAAAAACAGCACUAGAAAUAUUACACUGUCAUGAUUUAUUUAACAAAAAGUGGAGAAGCCAUUUGUGGAAAACUAAAUACACCCUUACUGCUUCCAUAGGAAUUAAGAGGCUUAGUAGCAGACAGGUGCAGCUAAUAAAAUUUCCUUGAGAAUUGAUCAUCAACAAGUGUGGCCACCUCUAUAAAAGCUGAAGUUUUAGCUGUUUUUCUGGUCUGGAACAUUCAGGUGUGUGUUAAAACAAUGCCAAAAAGGAAAGAUAUCAGCAAUGAUCUUAGAGAAGAAAUUGUUGCUUUCCAUCAAACUGGUUAGGGUUAUAAUGUCUUUCAAUAUUUUUAUUAGUGAUAUUGCAGAAGGUCUUGAUGGUAAGGUAUGUCUUUUUGCUGAUGAUACUAAGAUAUGUAACAGGGUUGAUGUUCCAGGAGGGAUAAGCCAAAUGACAAAUGAUUUAGGUAAACUAGAAAAAUGGUCAGAAUUGUGGCAACUGACAUUUAAUGUGGAUAAGUGCAAGAUAAUGCAUCUUGGACGUAAAAACCCAAGGGCAGAGUACAGAAUAUUUGAUAGAGUCCUAACCUCAACAUAUGAGGAAAGGGAUUUAGGGUGAUUAUUUCUGAUGACUUAAAGGUAGGCAGACAAUGUAAUAGAGCAGCAGGAAAUGCUAGCAGAAUGCUUGGUUGUAUAGGGAGAGGUAUUAGCAGUAGAAAGAGGGAAGUGCUCAUGCCAUUAUACAGAACACUGGUGAGACCUCACUUGGAGUAUUGUACACAGUACUGGAGACCGUAUCUUCAGAAGGAUAUUGAUAUCUUAGAGAGGGUUCAGAGAAGGGCUACUAAACUGGUUCAUGGAUUGCGGGAUAAAACUUACCAGGAAAGGUUAAAGGAUCUUAACAUGUAUAGCUUGGAGGAAAGACGAGACAGGGGGGAUAUGAUAGAAACAUUUAAAUAUAUAAAGGGAAUCAACACAGUAAAGGAGGAGACUAUAUUUAAAAGAAUAAAAACUACCACAACAAGAGGACAUAGUCUUAAAUUAGAGGGACAAAGGUUUAAAAAUAAUAUCAGGAAGUAUUACUUUACUGAGAGGGUAGUGGAUGCAUGGAAUAGCCUUCCAGCUGAAGUGGUAGAGGCUAACACAGUAAAGGAGUUUAAGCAUGCAUGGGAUAGGCAUAAGGCUAUCCUAACUAUAAGAUAAGGCUAGGGACUAAUGAAAGUUUUUAGAAAAUUGGGCAGACUAGAUGGGCCGAGUGGUUCUUAUCUGCCGUCACAUUCUAUGUUUCUAUGUUUCAAACUAUUUAAUUCCAUCAUUCUACAGUGAGAAAGAUUUUUCAAAAGUGGAAUACUUUUUUUUUUUUUUUUUUUAAAGGUAUGUGGAGUAAUGUAUGUACAUUUAUGUCGGUAUCUGUUAAAGAAAAAGGAAACAAUAUUACUAAAGUUGAAAACGUUCAAGAUGGUUACCAAUCUUCCCAGGAGCAGACGUCCUGGCAAAUUCACCCCAAAGUCAAACUGUACGAUGCUGUAAGAAGUAGCAAAAAUACAUCUCAGUCUCUACAGACCUCAGCAUGUUAAAUGUUAAAGUUUAUGAUAGUACAUUUAGAAAAAGGCUGAACUAGUAUGGUUUGUUUAGAAGGGUUGCCAGGAGAAAGUCCCUUCUCUCUAAUACCAGCAUUACUUAGGUUUGCAUAGUUGCAUCUGAAGAAACCACAAGAUUUCUGGAACAGUGUGCUUUGGACAGACAAGACCAAAAUAGAGAGAUUUGGCUAUGAUGCAUAGUGCCAUUUGGUGAAAAGCAAACACAGCAUAUCUAACUAAGUGUCAAGCACAGUGGUGGAGGGGUGAUGAUUUGAGCUUGUUUUACAGCCACAAGACCUGGGAACUUUACAGUCAUUGAGUCGACCAAGAACUCCUUUUGUAUAGCACAGUUUUCUGUAGUCAAAUGUGAGGCCAUCUGUCUGACAGCUAAAGCUUGGCCGAACUUGGGUCAUGCAACAGGACAUUGAUCCCAAGCACACCAGCAAAUCUUUACCAGACUGGUUGAAAAAGAAACUAGGGCCUAGGUGUUGGUGUUGUAAUGGCCUAGUCAAAGUCCCACACAUCAACCUGAUUGAAAUGCUGUGACAGGACUUUUAGAGAGCUGUGCAUAAACACAUGCCAGAAACCUCAUUGAACUGAAGCAACGUUGUAAAGACGAGUGGGCCAAAAUUAAUCCACAACGAUGUGAGAGACUGAUAAAGUCUUACAGAAAAUGAUUACUUUUCUGUAUAUGAAAUAAUGAAUAAAAUCUGAAAUGUUUGAAAUAAAGUGAAUAGAAGAAAAGUGUGAGAAAUUAAGAGAUUUCUUUUUUAUUUUCCAAAUUGUACGUGGCAUUUCAACUGUGCAUGUCAUAAUACGGUUUGCUAUUACUGAAAUAAAACACAUAUUUGUAUGCUUCGAUGUCAGACGAGUACUCUCUUUCGCUCGUGCACGCGCUCUCUCUCUAUAUAUAUUAUAAAAAUAAAUACUUAGAAUGAUAUUUAAAGAGACACUGUAUACACACACACACACACACACACACACAACAAUAUACAUCUUGUGAACUUUAUGGGCAAAAACACAGUCCUCUAGGGUAACAGGUAUAGAACAACAGUCUCUUAUGCGAAAAAGGUGUGGUUUAUUUACAUUGUGCACAAAAAUCCAUGAAGCAAUCAGUUUGUUUAGAACUGCAGCAAAACAGAAAGGAAAGUCUACAAACAAAAUCCUAGCUCAAAUUUGAGCAUUCACUAAACAUAAAGUAAUGUCCCUUACUAAACCAGGGUAAUAAUCUACAUAAAUCAACAAAAUAAACAUUGGUUUCACCAACCUUUAGCACUUUGUUUGGUGCUGCUCUGCACAGACCUGCUCUCUCUGCAGGUCAGAUUGUAUCUCUCUCCUUUCUGCUCUGAGACCUGCUAAUUAAAGCCUCAGCAGUUGCUAAUUGGGCAGGUGAAUGAGUAAAGGCUAUGGAGGAUUCUGGGUCCUAAAUACCUUCCUUCUAUUACCCUCCCAUAGCCUCUGUCACAAUAUAAAUACAACAAAUGCACAAAUAUAUGUACACAAACACCAAUACAUGUGACUACACAUACAUAGACCCAUGUAUAUGUACACCUGUUCACACACACACACACACACUAUAUAUAUAUAUAUAUAUAUUUAUAAACAUUUUUCCAUGAUUUUUUUACAUGAUUUUACCCCUGAUGGUUAGACAGCACCCAGACACUCCUGCCCUUAUACCAACUUCAUUGAGAUGAAGUUGUUAUAGUGUUGGGAAUGUUAUAUUAAAAGUAAUAGAACAGACAUCUUAGUUCCUUGAUUAUUUAAUUUUUUCACAUUUACUUGUGUCUGAUUAAUUACCAUUGUGAUAUAGCAAACCUAAUUUUAACUCGAUUUAGAUCAUUUGAAACUCGUUAUCAACUUUUUUUCCAUACAUAAGUGCCUCUAUUUAUUUUUCUCUGUCUAAAUUAUCAUUGUUCUUGUAGUUAUUCAGCACGAAGGGCAUUUUUUCAUUAACAUAUUAAUGUUUAAUUUGGAAAAUACGUAAUCCUUGUUCUUUUAAUUUUAAAAAGGGUUUGCUUUCCUUCAGCAUCUCGUUAGAUUUCAUUAUUCUUCAUGUACUCUCUCCAAAGGAAGAUUUGCUUUUGCAUUUACUGAUCCUAUUAAAUGAGCAUUUUGACCUACUACAAGAAAAAACACCAAAUAUACGCCUUCAAAUCUGACACUGCAGAUUGUUUAAUAUAUACUGCUAAAGUUUGUGCUGUAAAAGCAGAACAUCAGAUUAUUAUUAUAGCACAGAUGGGGUUUACAUACAUAGUAAGGUCAGGUCUUGGUAAGGUUCAAAUUCUAUGCCUACGUUUUAGAAUGCUAAUGUAUAAGAAUUAGGCAGAGGAAAUAAUUCACCUCUGCAUGAAUUCACUUCUUGCAUGCUGAGUUCUUCCUAAAAAUAACAUUAGUUUAUUCUUGUUCUUGUUUUCUUUAAUUACCACAGGUCUGCGAUACGUGCUCUGCAUCCUGGCGGAUCUCUGGUGUAUUCAACAUGUACUCUAUCGAGGGCAGAGAACAGUCAUGUUAUUGACCGUAUUUUAACUUCCUGCAGCGACGUUAAGCCAGUGGAUCUAAGUGACUUGGCAACUGCAUUAUCUCAUGAGUUCUCUUUUGCUUCUGACAUACCACAUGGACUUUUGGUUCUUCCACAUGUAGGAAAAUCAUGGGGUCCCAUGUUUGUGGCUAAACUUAGAAAACUCUAGGCCAGCAAACUGUGCUCUUAAUUUAUUAUAUUUUAAUUUUAAUGGCGUGGUUGUUUUUUUUUUUUUUAACAGAUUUUCAAUUUCGUAGGUGCCAUUUUUCCACUAGCUAUUGAUAAUCACAUAAAACAAAUUAGAUAAAUGUUGAUGAUUUUUAUUUGUAAAAUAAAAUAUAUUUAUGUAGUAUUGGUACACUGGAAACAAUCAACAAUAAGUGAUGUUUUUAACAUAAUUUCUCCUACCACUAAAGAGAAAGAUGGUGUUUACAGCAAAAAGCCUGAAGGUAAUGAUUCUACUCACCAGAACAAAUUCAGUAAGCUGUAGUUGUUCUGGUGACUAUAGUGUCCCUUUAAUACUGAGUAUAAUCAAAAAGCUUUUGAUGUAUAGCGUAUUAUGAACAAACAUUAGCUGCUAUUAUUAGAGUUAUUAUUAGAGCUGCUUUUUGAGUUAGAAAAUACCCCACAUCCCUAAAGUGAUUUUUAUAAAAGGAACAAGUUUACAUUUUUUUUAGCACCCACCACUUUUCGCAGAAGUAAGGUCAAAAAUAAAAGAAAGGAAGGGUUUUAUCCUUGCGGAAAUUGCAAAGGUUGCAAUUAUCACUUUAAAAUCACUAAGGAAUUCAAGAGUACUCAAACCUCAGAGAAGAGCUGUUCUUCCACACAUGUUGUGUACUACUUGUGUGUGUGGUAUGCAGUAUGUGUAAAGAACAGGAAGGCCAAAGUGAGAUUUUUAGAACAUUUGUACAAUAUUUGGAAAAGGACAGUGUCACAUUCAGUUCCCUCUUAUUGUAAUGAAUGUUCUGCUUUUAAUAUGGAAGAUUUUACGUUUACUAUCAUAGAACAGGUUCAGCUUGAUGAAAGAGGAAGAGAUCGUAUGCAAAAUUUGAGAAGAGUUUGAAUGUGGAUUUUUUUAUUAUUAAAUUUUGAUCUGAUUACAAAGCUUGGAUUACAACCAGGAAGUUAAACUUCAUAGGAAAGACUCUGCACCGAUUCGUCGAGGGUGGUCGGCAGGAGCUUCCCUUUGGGUUUAAAAACAGGAUCGAGGGACCAAUGAAGGUGUGCUGCUAUCGGAAGAAGAAGACUGGUUUGAAUGCCCCUGAGGAGGUCUGAGCUAAAUCAGAUGAAAUGCGUAGAGCAGAAGACUUGACAGAGUGUUUUAGUAUUUUCCUGUUUCCUUCUGUUUUCCAGUGGUUUUAUAUUUGGUGGAGUCAGAAGACUUUCCCUUAUUACUGGAAUACUUACUGGGAGGACAUAUUUCUACAGCUCCAGCUUUUCAUUUGAUGUGCCUUAUAUUUCUUUGUGUCUUGUAAGUGCAUUUGGUAUUAAAGUUUUGAUUUUAAUUUUGGAUACUCUGCA